AGCCGCGAGUCGAGGACGUUGGAGACUGCGGCUGAGAAAAACACCAAACUACUCUCAAGUGUCCGAAAGCGGGGCUGGGAAAUGGCUGGCGUGUGACUGGAAGCCCAUUGCCAAAGAUAAAUAAGUUGAAUCCAUCUGAUGGGAAUGAUUUGGGGGUCCGGCUGUCUCUCCUCCCUAUCAGUGGUACCCUGAGGUCAGACUACAAAGACGAGAGGUCGGCCGCUGCUUGAGAUGGAUUCUUUCUUUGUAGAGGGAGCCCGUGUCUGGCUGAGACACAAAGAGCAGCUCCUCCCCUCCACUGUCAGCUCUUGUGAUGAUUCAUCCCUGGCUCUCAGCACCAACUAUGGGAAGGUGAUCUAUCUGCAAAGAGAGGAGCUGAGCAGGGAGACGGUGUAUCCGAUGCACCCCAGCAGCAUCCAUGGAGUGGAAGACAUGUCCACGCUGGCGGAGCUGCACGAAGCUGCCAUCAUGUACAACCUCUUUCUCCGCUACGAGAAAGAUAACAUCUAUACCAACAUAGGUUCGAUCCUGGCAGCAGUGAAUCCCUACAAACAGAUUGCAGGCCUGUAUGACAGCGCCGCGGUGGACUCGUACAGCAGGCACCAGAUGGGGGAGCUGCCUCCUCACAUCUUCGCUGUGGCCAGCGAGUGUUACCGCUGCCUGUGGAAGAGGCACGACAGCCAGUGCGUCCUCAUCAGUGGGGAGAGCGGUGCCGGGAAGACGGAGAGCACCAAACUGCUGCUGAAGUUCCUCUCGGUGAUGAGUCAAAACUCCGCUGGGACUCCCGUGUCGGAGAGGACCACCAGGGUGGAGCAGGCCAUUGUCCAGAGCAGUCCCAUCAUGGAAGCGUUUGGGAAUGCAAAGACUGUGUACAACAACAACUCCAGCCGCUUUGGGAAGUUCAUACAACUCCACUUUGCACAGAAUGGAAACAUCCAAGGAGGCUGCAUCACAGAUUAUUUGCUGGAAAAGAACCGAGUGGUCCGACAGAAUCCCGGUGAGAGAAACUACCACAUCUUCUACGCUCUGCUGGCAGGAGUAGACAGAGAGCACCGAGACAUGUACCUCUUGUCUGAACGUCCUGAGUCAUAUCACUACCUGAGCCAGUCGGGCUGCGUGCAGGACAGCAGCCUCAAUGACAAGCAGCUCUUUAACAGUGUGAUGGAAGCGCUCAAAGUGAUGGAAUUCACUGAGGAGGAGAUCAGAGAUGUGUUCAAGCUGCUGUCUGCUGUCCUCCAGAUGGGAAACAUUGAGUUCAUGACUGCUGGUGGAGCUCAGAUCACUUCAAAAGGAGUGGUCAGCAACGUCAGCGAGCUGCUCGGCCUGGACUCCUUCCAGCUGUCAGAGGUGUUGACCCAGCGCUCCAUGAUCCUCAGAGGGGAGGAGAUCUGCUCCCCACUCACUGUGGAGCAGGCGGUGGACUCGCGGGACUCUGUCGCCAUGGCGCUGUACUCUCAGUGCUUCUCCUGGAUCAUCAUGAGGAUCAACCAGAAGAUCAAAGGGAAGGACAACUUCAAGUCCAUCGGCAUACUGGACAUCUUCGGCUUCGAGAACUUCGAGGUGAACCGGUUCGAGCAGUUUAACAUCAACUACGCCAACGAGAAGCUGCAGGAGUAUUUCAACAAGCACAUCUUCUCGCUGGAGCAGCUGGAGUACAACAGGGAGGGGAUCCAGUGGGACGCCAUAGACUGGAUGGAUAACGCGGAGUGUCUGGAUCUCAUAGAGAAGAAACUGGGCAUGUUGGCUCUUAUCAACGAGGAGAGUCGCUUUCCCAAAGGCACCGACUACACCCUCCUGGAGAAACUGCACAGCCGACACGCGACAAACCCGUACUAUGUGAAGCCCAGAGUGACUGACCACCAGUUUGGCAUCAAGCACUACGCUGGAGAGGUCCUGUAUGACGUGCGAGGAAUCCUGGAGAAGAACCGAGACACCUUCAGAGAUGACAUCCUGUUUAUUCUCAAGGACAGCAGGCUCGACUUCAUCUACGACCUCUUCGAGCGCGUUGGCAGCAGAAACGGAGAUGAGACCUUGAAGAUGGGCACAGCCCGCCGCAAGCCCACCGUCAGCUCCCAGUUCAGGGACUCUCUUCAUUCCCUGAUGGCCACGCUAAGUGCCUCCAACCCCUUUUUUGUACGCUGCAUCAAACCCAACAUGGACAAGAAGGCCAAUCAGUUUGAUCCCGUAGUCGUCCUGAACCAGCUGAGAUAUUCUGGGAUGCUGGAAACUGUGAAGAUUCGGAAGGCUGGUUUCCCCGUCCGCAGGACCUUCAAGGACUUCUGCGGCAGGUACAAGAUGAUCCUGCAAACCAAGAUCCGCUCAGACGACGACAAACAUUGCUGCUCGGAGCUUCUCGCUCUUCAUGACAGAGCCAGGACGGAGUGGCAGCUGGGGAAGACAAAGGUGUUCUUGAAGGAGGCCCUGGAGCAAAGGCUGGAGAAGGAGAGGGAAGAGGUGCGGCGCAGGGCUGGCAUGGUCAUCCGCGCCCACAUCCUCAGCUAUGUGGCAAGGAAGCAGUACAGGAGGGUUCUGUCCAGCGUGGUCACCAUCCAGAAGAACUACCGCGCCCACUUCUGGAGACGCGUCUUCCUGCGCCUGCGGGCGGCAACGCUGGUCCUGCAGAAGCAUCGCAGAGGCCAGCUCGCCCGCUCCCUCUGCCGCCAGCUCCGGGCGGAGAAGGAGGAGGAGGAGAGGAUGAGGAGGGAGGAAGAGGAGAGGAGGAGAGUAGAGGAAGAGGAGAGGAGGAGGAUGGAAGAGAGGCAACAACGGGAGGAGGAGAGGAGAAGGAAGGAGGAGGAGGAGGAGGAACGGCAGAGGCUGAUGGAUGAGGAGCUCAGGAAGAGGGCAGAAGAGGAGGAUCUGAUGAGGAAGGAGGAGCAGAGGCUGGUUAAAGAGGAGGAGGAGGAGCAGAUUUUGGCAGCUACAGAGACCAACACAAGGAGCUCGCUGGUAAAUGGUGCUUGUCAAAAGAAGGAGCUGUCCCCGACUCUGUCGUGCACCGACACCUCGGAGGAGGAGAGCCGUCAGAUGGAGGAGAUCCUGCGGCUGGAGAGGGAGAUCGAGCGUCUGCAGAAGCAGCAGGAGGGCGGCGUGUCCCUCCUAGGUGACGUCUCCGACGAGGAGCUGCGCCAGAUGAGGGACGCCGAGAUCUACCGACUGGAGAAGGAGGCUUCCCGCGUGGCCACCGAGUUCCUGGAGCUGUUGGACUUCGGCGGUUUGGAGCCGUCGCUCUCCAGCGAGGAGAACCUCCACGACCCGACGGAGUCCACAGCUCCUCUGGCCGAGGAGGAGGUGGACGAGGGCUUCCACGCCGAGGACGAGUGCAUCCCUUUGCCUGACUUCCCUACGCCGGUCGUGGUUCCUCUGGACAAGGACGUAUUUAAAAGUGUUCCCCCUCCUCCACCUGGAUUUGCAGAGGAGUUAGCGGUUUCCCCAUCUUCUGCUGCAACAGACUCUCAAACCUGCCAACUUUCUCCUCCCGCCGUCGUGACUAACGGGCAGCGGCUGCCGCCGUGCCAGAGAACCAGCAGGACGUCUGAACAUCACCCCGCGGACGAGGAUCCGCCGCAGGUGAACCCGCCGGACCCGGAGUCGGACUACGACCAGGAGGAGUUCGAGGACGCUCACGGGAGCUCGGGCGCCAGCAUCAACGACGGCCACAUCACCGACGAGGAGCUGCUGCGAAAGUCCUCCUGCACCCAGAACAGCCUGGACUCCUUCAGAGGCAGCUCGGACUCGUUCAUUGACAGCGACGAGGACAACGACGGCUACGUGGACACGGAUGAGGAGAUUUCCAACGGCAGAGUGAACCUGCUGAAUGGCAGCGGGCCUCCGUACUUCCAUGGAUACCUCUACAUGAAGAGUGGCCUGAUGAUCCCCUGGCGGCGGCGCUGGUGCGUCCUGAAAGACGACACCUUCAUGUGGUUCCGGGCCAAACAGGACUCCCUCAAAUCCGGCUGGCUUUACAAGAAAGGAGGAGGGAUGUCCACUUUGUCUCGCCGUAACUGGAAGAUGCGCUGGUUUGUCCUGCGCGAGUCCAAGCUCAUGUACUUUGAGAACGACAGCGAAGAGAAACUGAAAGGAACCAUUGAUAUCCGAACAGCUAAGGACAUAGUGGACAACCACGAGAAGGAAAAUGCCCUGAAUGUUGUAACUGACGAGAGGACUUACCACAUCUACGCAGAGUCCCCUGAAGAUGCCAGCGGUUGGUUCAAUGUGCUGAGUCGGGUCCACAGCGCCAGCCCAGAGCAGCUCAUGGAGAUGCACCACGAACAGGCCAACCCGAAGAAUGCUGUGGGAACGCUAGAUGUGGGCUUGAUUGAUUCUGUCUGUGCCUCCGACAACCCAGACAGACCAAACUCCUUUGUGAUCAUCACGGCCAACCGGGUGAUCCACUGCAACACAGAAACCCCGGAGGAGAUGCACCACUGGAUAGGCCUGCUGCAAAAAUCAAAAGGAGACACCAGGGUCGACGGGCAGGAGUUCCUAGUCAGAGGGUGGCUGCAUAAAGAGAUGAAGUCGGGGUCCAAGAGCACAUCUCUGAAGCUGAAGAAGCGCUGGUUUGUUCUCACCACCAACUCGCUGGACUAUUACAAAUCGUCAGAGCGCAGCGCGACUAAACUGGGAACGCUGGUCCUCAACAGCCUCUGCUCUGUGGUGCAGCCUGAUGAGAAAAUCUUCAAGGACACUGGUUACUGGAACAUAAUUGUGCAUGGCCGUAAGCACUCUUACCGGCUCUACACCAAAAUGCUGAAUGAAGCAAUGCGGUGGGCGAACGCCAUACAGGGAGCGAUAGACAGCAAAGUUCCCAUCGAAACACCAACGCAGCAGCUCAUCAGGGACAUCAAGGAGAGCAGUUUGAAUGUGGAGGCCGUGGAGCAGACGUACUGGAGAAACCCAAUCCUCCGAUAUACCCAGCAUCCUUUGCACUCACCUCUCCUUCCUCUGCCUUAUGGGGAUGUUAGUGUCCAAUUGCAAAAGGAGAAGGGUUAUACCAGCCUGCAGGACGAGGCUGUGAAGAUUUUCAACUCCCUGCAGGAGAUGGAGGCCGUGUCAGACCCUGUGCCAAUCAUCCAGGGAAUCCUGCAGACCUGUCAGGACUUGAGGCCAUUAAGGGAUGAGGUUUACUGUCAGCUCAUCAAACAAACCAAUCACGUCCCGCACCCCAACAGUCCUGCCAACCGCGCUCACUGGCACCUCCUGACCUGCAUGAGCUGCACCUUCCUGCCCAGCCGAGGCAUCCUGCGCUACCUCAAAUUUCAUCUGAAAAGGAUUAGAGAGCUGUUCCCUGAGACAGAAAUCGAACUGUUUGCCCAUUUCAUCGGGGAGUCCCUUAAGAAGACCAAAACCAGGGAGUUUGUUCCUUCCCAAGAGGAAAUUGUGGCGCUCCUCACCAGACAGGAGAUGACCACCACCGUCUACUGCCACGGAGGAGGCUCUUGCAUGAUCUCCAUCAACUCUCACACCACCGCUGGAGAGGUCGUAGAAAAGCUGAUCAGAGGGCUGGCCAUGGAGGACAGCAGGAACAUGUUUGCACUCUUUGAGCACAACAACACCGUUGACAAAGCUGUUGAAAGCAGGGUCCUCGUGGCUGAUGUUCUGGCUAAAUUUGAAAGGCUGGCUGGCAGUGAGGAUGAGGGCCAGUGGAAACUCUACUUCAAACUCUACUGUUUCUUGGAUGUGGAAAGCAUGCCUAAGGAGGGCGUGGAGUUCGCCUUCAUGUUCGAGCAGGCCCAUGAAAGUUUAACCCGGGGCCACUUCCCCGCGCGCGAGGAGACCCUCCAGCACCUUGCCGCCCUGCGGCUACGGUUCCUCUACGGGGACAAAACGCGGGUCACGUGGACCCUGGAAAGCGUUUACCCCGUGGCCCGCCUGCGCAGUCGUAUCCUGCAGUUCACCAAGGUGGGCGGGGCCUCCGGCUCGGGCCAAACCCUGGAGCGCCGGAGGACCAGCUUCCUGGACGGCACCCUGCGCCGGGGGCUGAAGACGGGCUCCAUGAAGAAGCAGCGCAUGGAGGAGGAGCAGAUGCUGGAGAUGUGGAUAAAGGAGGAGAUGUCGGCCACCAGGGCGAGCAUCAUGGAGAAGUUGACCCGCCUCAAGGGUCUGGACCAGCACCAGGCCAUGCUCAAGUACAUGACCAUCAUCAAGGAGUGGCCUGGAUACGGAUCCACUCUGUUUGAUGUGGAGUGCAAAGAGGGAGGCUUCCCUCACGACCUCUGGCUGAGCGUGAGUGCCGAGAACGUGUCCGUCUACAAGAGAGGAGAGCCGAAGCCCCUGGAGACCUUCCCCUAUGAGCACAUCAUCUUCUUUGGUGCUCCGCAGCCGUGCACCUACAAGAUCACGGUGGAUGAGAGAGAAAUGUUUUUUGAUACACCAGAGGUUGGAGAAAUCACCAAGAUCAUGAAGGCCUACAUAAACAUGAUCGUGAAGAAGCGCUGCAGUGUUAAGUCCGUGUCCAGCUACGGAACCAACUGGAUCAGAUGAUUUACUGGAACAGACUCGAUAUGUACUCGACCACUAAACGCCUGCAACAGAGAGGAGGCAGGACGCCAGAGGAGGAACAAAUGACUUCAACCAACGUGUGUCGGAGUGUCUGACUGGAGCCACGCUGCGACACGGACAAUCUCCACCCAGAACAACGACUUCCUUUAAAGACGCAAACACAUGUAUUCCGUACUGCUUUUCUCGGUGAACGUGUGAGCGUUGAAGCGUCUUGUGAGCGUCGCUUCCCUCCUCGCUGUCUCCGCACGUGCUCCCUGCUCUUUUAAGUUACACUGGUCAUGUCUCACAUGUCACUUGAAAAGAAAUUCAGGUAUCUUCUCGCUAUUUCCGCGUUUGUGUCCAGAGAAAGUUGACGGAACUUGCACAUUGAUUUCUGAAGCUCCAAAAAAAAAAAAAGAUAGAGAGAGAGAGAAAGAGAGAAAUGUUCUCAAACUUACAUCUCAGACAACUUCUGUGAAUGGGUUGAAGUGGUAAAUGCACAUUGGCUGAGUUGACACCUUUCAUUUCUGUCAAAUAUUGCGAUCCAUUGUAAUGAAUGUUCUCCUGAACGGAGGUUCCCUCAGGUUACCGCGUAAAAAACAAACAAACAAAAAAAGAAGUCCCCCGUUUUGCCUUAUUUAGGUGAUGUAGCUACUUGGAGAGUAGAUGUGGCCUUGCAGGAGCAGAACGUAAACUGGCAUAUGUUUUCCGUGUGUGCCAUAAAAGCACAUGAACUCAGAAAACUUUCUUUAAAAUGAACGAAAUGCAGCAAAAGAAUACAUUCUGAUCUCUGUUGAAUCACUGAAGAUGCAAACUCGACGCCACAGUCAGGGUAUUGAUUAUUCACAUCUGAAUAUCUAUGCUUCAUUCCCAGAACAACAACUCUGCGUUGAGCUCUUUUUGAGUGUGUCUUUGAAAUAGUUGAAUUCAAACUCGACCAUAUUUCAGUGUAAAUCUGUUAUCGUUGGUCUGGCAGCGGCCGGUUGAGGGCGGGAUAUUUAUUGGAAGAAAAUAGCUAAACGGAUUUGAGAAUGAGUUCAGAGAGAGACGAACGGUGCUUCAAAGACAUUGGUCCAGUUUAGUUUUUCUUUCUUUCUUUUUUGCUUUUAUUUGUGCAUUCAAGGACUUGGACAUUUGCAUGAUUCAAAGAUAAACAAGCCUAACCAUAAACUUAUUAGUAUCUCCAUUGUUGUGCUGCAUUAACUUGGCUUCUGUGACUGUUAGAAAAAAAAAAAGAAGAAGAACCGUGUGGCCCUCAGCACCGUCCCUGCUCAGUUUGUGUUGUUUUCUCACUGAAUGGAGGACGUUUCCUCUCCUACAAAUCAGUAUAAAUGUACACAAAAGAGUCAACCAAUCUACAGUAUAGUUCAUGAUUAGAAAAGGUGGAUCUCACCAUGAUGAGUUUAGUAUUUACCUCACGUUGUAUCGCGGUCUUCCGUUGCGCUCCAAUCAUUCUCACUCGGGCACUCUGGGCGGCUGCCGGCGGCCACACCAGAGACAGGUAUUGCCAUUGAUGAUGACUGUAUUUCUGAGAUUUCUGAUUGUUUUGAAGAAGAAAAAUCAGAAAAUGUUUUAUAACAGAAUUUAAAAAUGCUUUAAUAAAUUAUUGUAUUUCAAAAGCA